AAAUCUCUCUCUCUCUCUCUCUCGUGUUUGGCCAUUUGCGCCUCCUUAAACCCUAAUAGGGCCAUAAAAACCUAAACCCCGAUAAAACCCUCUACCCAUUUUUCCGUUCCAUUCUCCGGUCAAUUAACUUUGAUUUUCCACUGUAAAAUGGCGGCCGCUGUGUUGCUCAGAUCUCUCCGUCGCCGUGACCUCUCCGUCGCUUCUCUCUCUGCCUGCAAAUCUUUAACUGGAAAUGCCAAGUCAUCAUGGGCUACCUCGCAUUUAGGUAACAAAUGGGCUAGUUUGGUCAGGCCAUUCAGUACGUAUCCGGCUGGGAACGAUGUCAUAGGAAUUGACUUGGGUACCACAAACUCAUGUGUUUCAGUUAUGGAGGGCAAGAGUCCUAAAGUGAUUGAAAAUUCUGAGGGAUCUCGGACCACACCAUCAGUGGUUGCCAAUAACCCAAAGGGAGAGCUUCUUGUGGGAACUCCAGCUAAACGUCAAGCUGUGACCAACCCAUUUAACACAGUGUUUGGGACCAAGCGUCUCAUUGGGAGACGUUUUGAUGAUCCCCAGACACAGAAAGAAAUGAAAAUGGUUCCAUAUAAGAUAGUCCGGGCUCCCAAUGGAGAUGCUUGGGUUGAAGUCAGUGGGAAGCAAUAUUCUCCGAGCCAAAUUGGUGCAUUCAUCUUGACUAAGAUGAAAGAAACUGCUGAGGCGUACCUUGGAAGGAGUGUUACAAAGGCUGUGGUCACUGUACCUGCUUAUUUCAACGAUGCUCAAAGACAAGCUACGAAGGACGCUGGGCGAAUUGCAGGCCUUGAUGUGCAAAGAAUCAUCAAUGAGCCUACCGCUGCUGCACUUUCCUACGGUUUGAACAAUAAGGAAGGUCUUGUAGCAGUUUUUGACCUUGGUGGUGGGACUUUUGAUGUUUCCAUUCUAGAGAUUUCCAAUGGUGUUUUUGAGGUGAAAGCAACGAAUGGUGACACAUUCUUGGGGGGAGAGGACUUUGACAAUACUCUGCUGGAGUUCUUGGUGGGUGAAUUCAAAAGAACUGAGGGAAUCGAUCUAUCAAAGGAUAAGCUGGCUCUCCAGAGACUUAGAGAAUCUGCGGAGAAGGCUAAGAUUGAACUAUCGUCAACAUCCCAGACUGAGAUCAACCUUCCAUUCAUCACAGCCGAUGCCUCUGGUGCAAAACACUUGAACAUUACCUUGACCAGAUCGAAAUUUGAGGCUUUGGUAAACAACUUGAUUGAAAGGACUAGGAACCCAUGCACAAACUGUGUGAAGGAUGCUGGCAUAAGUACCAAGGAUAUCGACGAGGUUCUUCUUGUGGGAGGAAUGACCCGUGUGCCAAAAGUGCAGGAAAUUGUGUCCCAAAUAUUUGGUAAGAGCCCAAGCAAAGGUGUAAACCCUGACGAGGCUGUUUCUAUGGGAGCUGCCAUCCAGGGUGGUAUUCUCCGGGGAGAUGUUAAGGAGUUGCUUCUCCUUGAUGUCACUCCUCUUUCGCUUGGUAUUGAGACUCUGGGCGGUAUUUUCACCAGAUUGAUCUCUAGGAACACAACCAUUCCAACAAAGAAAAGCCAGGUGUUCUCAACUGCAGCUGACAACCAAACUCAGGUGGGUAUAAAAGUAGUUCAAGGGGAGCGCGAGAUGGCGGCUGAUAACAAGCUCCUUGGUGAGUUUGAUCUUGUGGGCAUUCCACCAGCUCCUAGAGGCAUGCCUCAGAUCGAAGUCACGUUCGAUAUUGAUGCCAAUGGAAUCGUUACUGUAUUUGCGAAGGACAAGGCCACUGGAAAAGAGCAACAGAUUACAAUUAAGGGUACGGGAGGUCUUUCGGAAGAUCAGAUUAACAAGAUGGUCAAGGAAGCUGAGAUUCACGCCCAGAAGGAUCAAGAGAGGAAAACUCUGAUUGAUCUUAGAAACAGUGCGGACACCACCAUUUACAGUAUCGAGAAGAGCUUGAGUGAGUACCGGGACAAGGUGCCAAGUGAGGUGGCUUCUGAGAUUGAGUCUGCUGUUGCCGAUUUGAGGAUUGCAGUGGGGAAGGAUGACGUUGAUGAGAUUAAGGCGAAACUUGAUGCUGCGAAUAAAGCAGUUUCAAAGAUUGGACAGCACAUGUCUGGAGAUUCCACUGGUGGCGCUGCCUCUGGAGGCGGCUCUGAGGGUGGUGACCAAGCUCCUGAGGCGGAGUACAAGGAGGCAAGGAAGUAGGUAGCGAGGCAGUUAAAAAUGCAUAACAAUGAGAGAAUUCUUUUUAGUGUUGAACAGUUUAGGAUCUAAAACUUGGGGGACUAGGUGUAUUGCAAGUCCCUAAUUUUUGGGAUAAUUUCGGUGCGUAUUGAACCUAUAUUGAUGGGUAGAGAUUGCAGAAGAAUUUUUCCUGCUGAAAGUCUAGAUAUGUUUGGUGGUCAGAUGAUUGUUGCCUAUGGUAUUCUCUGAAGAUUACCCUUCUGAAUACGUAUUAUUUUCUGCUAUGGAGUAUCUUUUUUAA